UAGCUUUGUAGAAAUAACUGCUGUUGCUAGGCCCUAAAAGAGAGCUUUCUUUGGCUGAAGUGAUACUAGCUAGCUGUCAAAGCCACUUAAUAUUCAUGUUUGCUCCUUUCAUUGAUAGUUUGUUGUAUAACAAACUUUGUUAAAGAAACUAAAAACUAAGCUAUUGUUGAAUAUAAAUUAUUGUGAUACUAUACCAGAAGCGUUUUUCUGCUUGUGAAAGCAUUCCUGUUCAUGGUUUCUGUCCGCUGUUUCUCAAAGACGGAGAACUCUUAUUGAAGGUGCAUUUUUUGAAUCAGCCUGGGAUCUACAUUAGAAGAGUCCGACUCUUGCAGUAUAUCAAGUUCUAUGAAUUAUGUUGGAUCAAUCUCCUAAAGUGACCUGCAAGAAAAAUUGUCGACAAUGUUAGUAAAAGAAUUUAUACUUAUAAAUUAUAUUGUUUUUUGCCCUUCCAGUACACUUGCAGAUGGCUAACUAUGCGAUCAAACAGUCAUAAAUUGCUAUGUAUGUAUGUGGCGUUUUCCGUAUGGUUGGCCUGUUUUUCUAGUGUCACGAAAAAACUUUCUUCGAUUAGAAUUAAAAGACAAACUGUAAAUUAGUCUUCUAGUAAAAUGUUAAUCUUCAGGAGUACCCGAACACCACCGAACGCUCUUGAAGACGCAGAGUUCGGCACAAUAAUCCUCGAAACCUUGCCAAGGUAUUUUACGUUCUGCACAAAAUUCACUAGUAUCUGUGCGAAAAAUUGAAUUGUUCAGCUAUCAGACGAUGUAUCAUUCACCAAAUCGUGUUUUAAUUCAAACUCAGUGAAUUUACCACAAAAGACAGUUCAAGGAGACAUUCAAUUGAUAAUUGUCAGCGACUAUGUUGAACUUUAAUUAUAUGCCUAACUAGGAUCUUAUUCAUUAACUGUCAUCAAUAAUACUUACACGAUUUCAUGUCUUCGUCUGACUCCUUAGUGAAACAGAAAUUCAAUUCCGAAAGUAAGACAUUUCCAACAUACGUUACGAAACUAUACAGAGGUUAAGCACAUCACAUUAAAAUAACAUCUCUGAAGUCGUUAAACCUUAGACAGACCAUACCUACAAAUGUUUUUGACGCGUCGAAAAAUAAUUGCAACAUCAGUUCAUUUAGUUUCAUAAUGCAUAACAUUUCUUUACCUUUCAGAUUCUGCGGGAUGCUUCCUUACGACCACGACACAUGAAGCAACACCGACAAACAUGUGGAAAGCAGCACAGAGUGAAACAUGGGAAGCAGCACAUAGCAAGCAAUUGGCAGAAAAACACAGCGAGACAUGCGAAACCAGCGAAAGUGAGACAGAGGAAGUGCCAAAAUCCGACCAAUCGAAAGUCAAAGCAGGUAAGACAACAACAGUCGGAGAGGCCAAGGUAGCCACCGAGACAUCACAAACAACAGGGAAUGAUACGGAAAAAAUGGCAACAACCAGAGCAGCGGUAGCAAUAAUAUCAGGAGUGGCAGUGCCGAUCACAGCGGCGACGACAAACACAGCAACGUUUAGCAUGGAAGCAGCAUCAAACAGAGAAUGGCAAUCUUCAGGAAGUGACGGAAAGGUAGUGAUAUCUGGCGUAGAAGCAGCAACAAGUGGAGCAGAGCAAGCCUACGAGAGUCAGGCAACAGCAAUGAUAUCUGAAGAGCAAGCAGGAUCAAGCGUUGCAAUGCAAGCCUCAAGUGGUGACGAAAAUGCUGUAAUAUCUGGAGUAGAAGCAGCACAGGGAGUGCGCGAACCAGAUUUAAAGAAGAGAGCGACACCACCGAUAGAGCUCGUACCGAUGCGUUUAAUGCCAUCUGGAGCGUCGUCGCGAGUGCCAUCUGCGAUUGAAAAGCUAGUAAGGGGAGAUCCUGAAAGGACUGUAGCGAGCAAUGAUGAUGACGUGGAAGCUCCAUUGACAGGUUCAAGAAAAAGGCCAUCAGAAAAACGAUCUGUUUUGAUGUACAUGUCUUUACGUCAUUUUGGUCAUACUUGGCGAGAUAUUGAUGCAUUUUUAGGAACAAUUGAUGGUAUGAGAGCAACAUCGGCUCAUAAAUGGUCAACUAUUUUAGUCAACAAAGAUUUUGACGAAUUUACAGCUGAAGAAAGAGAUGGGAAAAGAGUUGAUGCAUUAUGGGAUUGUUAUCCUGAUUUAGAAUUGGAAGCAAAACAGUCUGUAAUAGAAGAAUGUUCAAAGACAAAAGCUUCGUUUACAGCAGAAAGUUUAGCAAGGUUUAUUGAUAGUCGUUUUUAUGAAUUAAAUGUUAUGAAGAAGGUUCAUUCGAAGUUAGUUAGGUCAAUUGAAAGUUGUAGGUUGGAUUUACGUCGUUUUGGAGUAAAAUAUACAGCCAAUGUUGGAAGACCUUAUUACUUAAGACAUGAAAGAUCAGACAUUCCUUUUACACAAUCACAAAUGAUUCUUCGCCACAGUGGCAAUUUUCAAAAGCUCAUGCUAAAAUUUUAA